AUGGCUUCUACGACAACAAACACCAUGACUAUACUAGACACUGAGAGCAUCAAGAAAUACUUGUUCAAAAUCACCAUGAAAAGCCAAUGGAAAGAAGUUGUUCAAAUUUGUAGGCAAAAUCCUCAGGUUCGCAAGGCAAGGAUCACCAGGACAGGUGACACAGCAUUGCACAUUGCCUUCAAAAGCGGCAGCUACCUUAGCCUAACCGACAGAAUCAUAUACCACUGUAAGUAUAUGAGGAUGGUUGGUUUUACACAAGCUGAGGGUGAGCUGAGGGUGGAGCGACCAGAUAGCUCAAAUACUUUUACACAAGCUGCUACUUUGCAGUUAUCUUGA